AAGUUAUAAAGCCUUGUAGAAAAGUAACAAAGUUAUUCUAAGCAGUCAUGUGGCAUUCUGUCGUCUGUCCAUAGGUUUUACUAUGCGAUUUAAGUGAUAAAAGUAACGCACACUCUGUAAUAUUGACGCCAUGGCGUUUGAAAGUGAAGAAUAUACAGUGACAAUGGUGAAAAGGGCAUUUUCCGGGUGCCCGACUUUCGUGGUUAUUCCAAUAGUUAUAAAGUCUUGUAAAAAGGUAAGGAAGUAAUUCUAAGCAGUCAAAUAGCAAUCUCCCUUCCGUCGAUGGGUUUUACUAUGCGAUUAAGGUGAUAAAAGUAGCGCACGCUUUCUAAUAUUCACCCCAUUGCGUUUGAAAGUUAAGAAUAUAUAGGGACAACGGUGAAUUGAAAAGGACACUUUCCGGAUGCCCGACUUUCGCGCGGUUAAUCCAAUAUACCGUAGUUAUAAAACGUUGUAGAAAAGUAACGAAGUAAUUCUAAGCAGUCAAAUGGCAUUCAACUUCUGUCCAUGGGUUUAUCAGAAUAUACAGUGCCAUCAAUGUACUUACAACACUAUAUACCUCCAAGACGUUGAAUGCCUUGUACCAAGGUAGCUAAAUUAGAUAAUAAAGGCGCUAAUCAGUUCUUAAGGUGAGGACACGUGGCUCAUCAUCGAUCUUAUUAGCGUCCAUGAGCUGGCAGCACCGAAAUCUGAUGUUCACCGUAAACGUAUUCAAAAUCGAAAUUACGCCGUGUUUGCGUUUUCGAAUUUCCAAAAUUACGGUAAUGUUAACGAUAUUAGUAAGUUGUAGGGCCAGCCUACACGAAAAGUGCACCAAAAUUACUGAUUUGCUGCGAUAGCAAAUGUUUAGAUUUAGUGUACUCGAAACCCCCAAAACCAACCUCCGGACCGGACCGGGCAGCGUUUUCCGCCGACCGAACGGGCAGCCGUUUCCGCCAACCCGCACUCAACGUGCCAGGCAGGGCGUUCCGCUCCGGUAUAUAUCGUACGUGGAAAAAACGAGUUCUUGAAUUCAAUCACAGAUCCUUUUUCGUAAUGAAUGUUGCCAACAAAGCUAUUGUCUCUCAAAGCCUGCUUUCACACAAUAUAGAAUUGAGAGAAUACCUUGUCAAAUGCCUGGGAAAUGCCUUGCCGUCGGUCUAUCAUUAUGAACACCGCGGGUCUUCUCAAGACGCGCCGGAGAUUCCUUUAUCUCCCCGGACCUUGUGAAGUACUCGUUACGGUGACGCUCGGCACAUUCCUUCGGGCGCGGGAGCCUUUGCCUCGCAUCCUGACGUGUCAGCGUACGGUGCGAUUCCGAUAGGGGCCACGGGUACACAUGAGCCGUCUCACCACCGCUGUAACAAACAAUGCCCAACGGUUGUCAAACAUCAAGUGGGAUUGGGACGUAAAAUUAGAACUGGACACCUCUGAUAAAAAGGAACGUCAAAACAUCUACUCACCGAUUAGAACGUCGCAUCUCCCCGGUUAUUGGCGUGAAGAACAUUACGGUGAAUUUCUCCGUCUCCCUUCCCCAACCCCUCGCUUCAAUUGCCGAGGACAGAAAUUCUGGCUUACGGUGAGAGCCCGUGGGAAGAAACGGCCUUGUUUGGUUGAACAAUCGACCGUCAAUCUCGGCAGACUGACAAAGAACGGCUUGCUGUCCGCCCUUCCAUCCCUGUUAGCGAUGAUCUCAAUGAUGCUGUCCAGCUUCCUCGCGGACUACCUCAUCAAACGUGGGACCAUCCCGAAAGUGUGGAUCCGCAGGAGUUUUGUCAUCACGGGGGUUACCGGUAUGGUGAUCUGCGGGCUCGUGCUGGCUAACCUGAGCGGCUGUGACCCUGCCGCUGCCGUGGCUCUGCUCUGCCUGCUGCAAGCCUUCAGCGGGCUCACCAACGCCGGCUUCCGCGCCGUGCACGUCGAGUUCGCGCCCAGGUUCAGCGGAGUGACCUUCGCACUGGCCAACACGGCAGGAACUCUGCCCGGAAUCUUCGCUCCUAUGUUGGUCGGAUUCAUCGUUGAGAAUGAUCCGACCGUUGGCGGCUGGUCUAAGAUCUUCUACAUAGGAGCGGCCAUCCAAGCUGUCGGGUGUGUCUUCACCGCAGUGUUCAUGCGUACUGACGUCCAGCCAUGGGCUCGGGGAGAGGGCGACGCCAAGAAUACUGGACCAGCACACCACAAGGACACCACGACUGUAAAUGGACAUGCUGAGAUGACCACAAAGUUCCUCGAGGAGGAAACAAAUGCAUAG